CCUCAGCACGUGUCUCUAAACCUUAUCUGUCCAAUCCCAUUCAGUAGCAUGAAGGGGCACAUGACUAAUAGUUCGAUAACAGCUUACUGUCUUCAUAAUUUUCACUAGGAACUGAGUUCGAGUUUCGAUUCACAUCAGAAUAAUAACAUAGAUUGGUUUGUGCAUUUGGUAUUUGUUUUUUUGUGAUAUUUUUCUCUUAGGGCGUGUCAAAUGGUAAAGCUGUUGAUUUGUUGGAAUUUAGGGUUUAUGAUUUGUUGAUUAAAUUUUGUGAUGGACCUCUUUUCCUCUCUCUGUUUGUGCAUUUGUCUUAAUUAAAUUUGUUUCUUAAAAAAAAAAUAAAAUGGUCUGUUUGAUUAAUUGAUAUGACAGUUUGCUUUGAUUAAUUCAUGUGUAUGACAGAAAAGGUUGGGAGCUGCUUUUGGAGCCUCAUUUAUUUGGCCUGCGAGCUUGAUUUACUUCUCCAGGUCAAGAUCUCCAUCAAAGAGAAGAAAAGUCAUGAAGAAAUUGCAAAACAAAACCUGCCCAAUUAAACAGCAUGCUACUCAAAACUAUCUAAAUUUUGCUAUUUUGAUAACUGCUUCCCACUAUUAACAUCUCAAUGUAUAUACAAACAUGCCUACUAUUUUAACAUAACAAGCAGCCUGUAAAAUAUGUUAUUACUUUCUUUUUUGCAACUUAUACUUCCUUAGUUAAGCACAAUGCUACAAAUUAAAUCUCAUUGUAUAUAUAAACAAUCUUAUUUUGUCUACGUAAUUUCAAAACCCGCAGCAUCAUGCGGGCUUUUUUGCUAGUCCUAAUGAAGAGAGGAAAACAUUUAAUUUAAUUAUUUAAAAUAUCUAAAACUUAGCCCUUUUUGACUAGGAUUGAUGCUCCUGCAUCACUAUAGAAUUGGUCUUCACUGGUUUUUAUUGUGUUAUAGGUUUUUUAACAUUCUCUUCUUAACAAUCUCCAAAAUCAACAAAUGCUGACACCAUUCAAAUAAGUGAAAUAAAAGAAGGUGAUGUGAGUUAUAAGCCUUGACAAUCUGGGAGAAAUCUACUGUGCUCUGCUCAUUAUCCUAAGCACUUGCUUCAUUUUAAUUUUUGUUCAUUUCAUUAUGAUGCUUUGAUGUCCAUAUCUUGUGUGGUGGUUCUGACAGAGAAUGGAAAGAACAGAGACUAUAGAUAAUUUCAAAGUUGGAUCUCUGCCGACUUUAAUUUACAUUCCUGACUUCAUUACGGAUAAUGAACAAACCAUGCUUCUAAAUAAGAUAUAUGAAGCCCCUGUAUCGAAGUGGAAAUCUUUAAAGAAUAGGAGGCUACAAAACUGGGGCGGUACUGUCCAUGAAAAGGGUCUUCUACCACAGGAUUUGCCCUCAUGGCUAACCAAGAUUACAUACAAGAUAUAUGAAGAAUCAGGGCUUUUUCCAUUGCCAAUUAAUCAUGUCCUUAUCAAUGAAUACCUUCCUAACCAAGGCAUAAUGGCACACCAGGAUGGGCCUGCUUAUUAUCCAGUUGUAGCGAUCUUGUCCCUCAGGUCACCUGUUGUUAUGGACUUUACUCCCCAUUCAAGACUGACAUUGUGUAAAAGCACAUGCACAAAUGAUGUUGAGGAUACAAAUUCUGAUAGGGGAGUUAUUAAGAUUGAUACAGAUAAGUCAAUGGAUGAACACCAUCCUUUUCCUGUCAUAUUAAUGCCGCGCAGCUUGAUGAUAUUCAAAGAUAAAGCAUACUCGGAUUACUUGCAUGCUAUCAAAGACAGUGAGGUACAAUGUUAUGAUGGGGCUGUAAACGAAGUAGAAGCUCUACAUGGGCAAGUUAUGAAUCAUGCUUCGUCACAAUUGGAUGGCGCUGUUGAUGUAAUGAAAACUGGGGACCUCAAGAGUAUUCAUAGAACUACCCCUAGAAUUUCAUUGACAUGUCGAUUAGUUCCGAAAGUUCAUAAAAAUGUGUUCAGGUUUUAGUCUGUGUCAAGUCUAAUCUAUCUGGAGGUUUUUCACCUGUAAGAGCUUCAGACGAUGACCUAAUUUGAUGCGGGUGGUAUUCACAGAGAUGUGAGAUGUAUUAUGGAUGAUUUAACAAACUUUGCCAUACUACAUAAAAAUAGAGCGAAUUCAUUUCUUUCACCAAUGAUCAA